AUGACAUCCCCAGCCUCAUGCUCAGUGAUCAACCACUUCCGGCCGGCAUCCUUACCAUACGCAACCGUAUCGCGACUCAAAAACCCGCCAUCUUUCAUAUUCCUAUUAAAAGCCGACACGCGCUCCUCAUCCGUCAGAUUCCCCACAUUUCGAGCAAACUCCUCCUCCGUCCGCCGCCCGAUAUCCGUCAACCUUCCAGCGGAUGAGAGUCACGAUUGUGCGACGCUUGCCAAGAAGUUCAUCGGAAUGCUCAAGAUUGCAGCAACGGGACCCCGACAUAUUGCCUUCCGAUACGGAAACCUGCUGGCUCGUUUAUGGUCACAAGGCCAUACGAUGCCGGAAAAGCUGCAUGAUCGCCGAGUCUCAAAUGUGACGUAUGAUUGA